UUUGAUCCAGCACUUGCAACAAACAGACUGGAGUCAUCAGUGUUAUUCUGUGGUCUUCCAACAGCAUUUUCAAAAUACGUUAAUAUUCGUGGCCUUGCACUCUCUCAUCGGACUUCUAACCGUUCCUCUGGCAGCAAACCACACACUGGAAUCUGACGUUGUAGUUUUUUUUUUUUUUCUUUUUUCUUUUUUUUUUUUUUUAAGCAUAUUUAAACUCUAACACACACAUGCUGGUAAGGGUUUCAGGAUAGGAUUUUUCUGCAGUAGGUCAUUUGGUCCUAUGAAGAAUUGUCUGUUCAAAUGUUGGAGUAUUUGACUGAAAAUUCCUUAAUAACUCUUUUAAAGCCCAAGGGAAUAAAAUCUACAAAAGGAAUCUAUUUAUAACCUAUAAACUGAAUAGGCAGCAACUGAUGUACCUAUAGAAUCAAGAAAGGUAUUUUAUAAUGAUUAGAAGUAUCGAUUCUUUCUGCUAAUCACCAGGUGAUUUCCUGUAAAACCCAUAUCUUGCUGUUUGUGAAUAAGAACCACACCUUGUAGAAAACACCUUAAUCAUACCUGAGAGUUUAAAAGAAAACAGGUGCUUAACAUCAAUUCUUCUCCUGCACAAGAAAAAUGGGCUGUGACCGGAACUGUGGCCUCAUCACUGGGGCUGUCAUUGGUGCAGUCCUGGCUGUGUUUGGAGGUAUUCUAAUGCCAGUUGGGGAUAUGCUUAUUGAGAAGACGAUUAAAAAGGAAGUUGUCCUUGAAGAGGGUACAACGGCUUAUCAAAACUGGGUUAAAACAGGCACAGAAGUUUACAGACAGUUUUGGAUCUUUGAUGUGCAAAAUCCACAGGAAGUGGUAGUGAACAGCAGCAACAUUAAGGUUAAACAAAGAGGUCCUUACACAUACAGAGUUCGUUUUCUAGCCAAGGAGAAUAUAACUCAUGAUUAUGAGGACAACACAGUCUCUUUCGUUCAGCCCAAUGCUGCAAUCUUUGAACCUUCACUGUCAGUUGGAACCGAGAAUGACACAUUCACAGUUCUCAAUCUAGCUGUAGCAGCUGCACCCCAUAUCUAUCAAAAUGCAUUUGUUCAAGUGGUGCUCAAUUCACUUAUCAAAAAGUCAAAAUCUUCUAUGUUCCAAACCAGAACUUUGAGAGAACUGUUGUGGGGCUACAAGGAUCCAUUCUUGAGUUUGGUUCCAUACCCUAUUACUACCACAGUUGGUGUGUUCUUUCCUUACAAUGAUACUGCUGAUGGAGUUUAUAAAGUCUUCAGUGGAAGAGAUAACAUAAACAAUGUUGCCAUAAUAGACACUUAUAAAGGUAAAAGGAAUCUCUCCUACUGGCCAAGUUAUUGCGACAUGAUUAAUGGUACAGAUGCAGCUUCGUUUCCACCUUUUGUUGAGAAGACUCGAUUAUUGCAGUUCUUUUCCUCUGAUAUUUGCAGGUCCAUCUAUGCUGUAUUUGGAUCUGAAAUUGACCUGAAAGGAAUCCCUGUGUAUAGAUUUGUUCUUCCAGCAAAGGCCUUUGCAUCUCCAGUUGAUAAUCCAGACAACCAUUGUUUCUGCACAGAAAAAAUUAUCUCAAAAAAUUGUACAUCCUAUGGUGUUCUAGACAUUGGCAAAUGCAAAGAAGGUAAACCUGUAUACAUCUCGCUUCCUCAUUUUCUACACGCAAGUCAUGAUGUUUCAGAACCUAUAGAAGGCUUAAAUCCAAAUGAAGAAGAACAUAGUACAUUCUUGGAUGUUGAACCUAUAACUGGAUUCACUUUACAAUUUGCAAAACGGCUACAAGUCAACAUAUUGGUCAAGCCAGCAAAAAAAAUUGAAGCAUUAAAGAACCUGAAGAAAAAUUAUAUUGUGCCUAUACUUUGGCUUAAUGAGACUGGUACUAUUGGCGAUGAGAAGGCAGAAAUGUUCAAAAGUAAAGUGACUGGAAAAAUAAAACUCCUUGGCCUGGUAGAAAAUAUCUUACUCGGUGUUGGGGUGGUGAUGUUUGUUGCAUUUAUGAUUUCAUAUUGUGCAUGCAGAUCAAAGAGGAGUGGUAAAUGAGUCUGCACUUAAAUACCAGCUACAUCAAGACCUUUGGUGAUACCAGUCUACAAAAUGGAUAUUUAAUGCUUUAUUUUUACAAAACACACAUUAUCCUUUAGUUGAAGAAAUGGUGGCACUUUCUCUCUAUAUAUUUUUUUGCACUAAGCUGCAUCACAUUUCAAAAAGAUUAGGAUGUCAUUAAAAUCUAUACUUUGAACAGAAAAAGGCAUCUUUUAAAAUUCAUCAUUUAUACAACAGAGUUGUUUUCAGUUUCUUCAGACCUGGCUCUAGCAUGAAAUGAUUGUUUUUACUUGGUUCUGGUGGUAAAGGAGACGAAGUGGACAUUAUAAACAAAUCCUGGGCUCCCAACUCCCAUCUUUCUCAUGAACGGUGAAAAACCCAUUCACACUCAGAGGAGUGUCCCUGAUAACUGGCAACAGACAGACCUCAGGAAUGUCAGUACAUUGCAUUUCAUGAGCAUCAAAUGUUUUGAAAGACAUUUAAAAAUGGAAAAUGAGUGAUUGGCUUAUGAGCCAUUUAUUACAGCUUAAAUUCCUUUCUCUAUGUAAUCCUUUGUACAGCAGACAUCAAAGCCACUUUUGUACUUUAUAACAAUGGGCUUAUAUUGUUUGUCACUGAUCCUGCAGAUGGUCAUAAUUUUUCACACACUGUAGCUCUUUGUAUUUUAAGUACUUCGUUAUGUUUUCAUGUUGUAUAGCUCUUCUGGAAGUGAAUAGAUUUUGUCUUUCCAUUUAGCUGCAACAUAUGCCUGGCAACCUCAGAAUGCUGUUCUAGUAUUAAGAGAUGUAUAUGAUAUAAACUAAUUAAUGUAUGGAAUGUUACAGAGAGAAUAUAAGCAUUAAAUGUUAUUUGUUGUAAUAGUUCUUGCUUUCAUAGUUGCCUCAGAAAUACUGGUUUCGAGCAUUAAAAGAUAUUCUUCC